AUGUCGGUCUCUGGAUACAACUCUCAUCCCACCACAACUCCUAGCAACAGUUUCCCUGGCGCUACUGCACCUGUGACGAAAACCACAACUCCAACACCAGGACAACAACCGCCACAACCGGGACGCCCUGCUACCUCGUUCAGGAUAAAUACAAACAACAAUGACUUGGCCAUCAAGAACGCUAUUGCCGGAGGUCUCCUAAGCUCACCCACAGGGAUGCCUCCUGCGACAUAUAUCUCCAAGUUCAUGACCUCCUCAGCACCCAAGAUCAACUCCAACCCUUUCGUCAAUACCAAUCCCUUCAUCAACCCCAGCAGUAGUGGAAAUAGUGCAGGAGGGGGCAGCAAUAUCAACAAAACUCAUUUGGUCAGACGAUCCUCAAAACGGAAAAGUAUAGGCGGUGUCUCAUCCAGAGUAGGCGUUGGUCCUGGAAUCAACCCGACUUCAGCCCUCACCGCGCAGAUUGCUGCUGCAGCUGCUGCAGCAACCGCCAAAGGAACAAACGCCAACAAUGCCAACAAUCGCGUCAAGGCAACCGGAGGUGACAGCGGUGAAACCAACGACAGCAACACUGGGAGUGGAACUGUCAGCGGGAAGGGCAGGGGAAGCGGAUUCAAGACGCCGGACCUGCGACCGUACUAUCCGUCCUUUGGAUCCAUGGGCUUGAUUCCAUCGCCAGCAACGAGUCAGCGAUCGCUUUCUUAUGGCGGUCCCAGCACCACCGUUGCCGCAGAGACAGGGACCAUGGGCGACAAUCAGAAUAUCGUGCAGGACCCUCCAGAACCAGGACAGCAUGGAUACCAUCCAGUCUAUGGCCUGCGCAGGAGUAAUAGUGUGGGCAAGUCCAGUGGUGCUGCGGGAGGAUCUGGUGCGUCGGGAAGUGGAGGGGGCAAGACGGGAUUUGCUACACGGUUUCGCAAACUUCGGCACCGGCGUGGUUCGCGCGAUAGCACCAAAAAGGGACCGUUCAACAAUGCAGGGCUUCCGCCCAGGAUGGCGUUCAGCAUGUCACCUUCGAAACCACUACCACUCUUCUUGGACCCAACUCUGCCACCUCCACCGCCGAUUCGCACCAACAGCAGUGUCAGUCUAAACCGAGACAGCCCCACAGCAACAGGAUCUACUACACCCACAACAGCCAACAUCGCAUACUCAAUCCCCUUUGGAUAUGGAGGGAUGGGUGUAGCUCCAUUGUCGGUGGUUACCAAAAACUCUGGAGUUGGCCUAUCGUCGUCUUCAGGCGCAGGAGGACAAUCAACUGGUGCCAGCACACCCACGACAGGACAAACUCCACGAGAAUCAUCUUCAACUGCACGAUUCAGGAAAAUGAUCAAGCGGAAUGUGGGUCUCUCGACACCCACGGCCGCAACACACAACUUUGCACCAGGAUAUGGAGGAGCCACGGCGUCGACCAAUUCUUCGCCAAUUGUAGGAGCUACGGGGUCCUUGUUGGCGCCCAACGGUGGCUCCAAGGUCACGUCUAUGUCGACAGGAGCGAUCGUCGAUCUUGUGUCGGGAGAUGAUCAACCCUCCAAGUUUAGAGUUUCACGGAUGAAGAGACGGAAAAAGAAGCUGACCAAGAAGGCAUUGAACGACGGUGGAUCACCACUUUCGGACGAGGACGAUAUACCCCUGAGCAUGCGGGUUCCCAACCUAAAGGAGCAACAACUAGCGCCAUCGUCCCGACACCAUCGUUUCAUGCCUCACCUUCACAGUCACCAUCACCAUCGCCACCGGCAACUGUACUCCCAACUUUCUGGACAACGGCAAGGGCAAGGGGAGCGAACUAACCAACCCAUCGUCUUCCAAGUCGCCUCGCAGGCUUUGAGAGAGGCACGAGAGUCUAAUCAGGAUCCCAACGUGCUCCUGGCAGAACUGGAACCUUUACCCGCCAAAUCUGUCGAGGCCAUAACAGGACUCAGCGGCGACACUCCAUUAAAUGCGACCCUGCUUCCAUCUGCUGCCUCAACGAUGCAAUCGACCACCUCUGCCGCUACUGCCAACUUGAUGAUGUUCCCACUUAUACCCAUGAUGGCCAGUAUCAUCCCUUCAAGCUCUAUGGGCUCUGGAACCGGAUCGAUCAACAGUUCCAUGUUUAUCUCGACCCAACAGGAAAAGCAGCAACAGCAGACUUCGCCGCGUGGGAACAUGACAUCUCUCUCAAUGACUUUUGCUUCUCAGGCACAAUAUUCACCACGCCGCCCACUCCAAGUCGCCGGCGCGCACCCACUGAGCGAACGCAACUUUUUAUUCAAGUCUUAUCAGAACUCGAAAUUCCAGGGCCAUUACGCGUUCAGGAUUCGUGGGGACCAGCUCGAGUUUGGGAAACUACCAGUGGCGUACGAGCAGGCUUGUGCGCAGUACUUUCGAGAGGUCGAUGUCUCGUUUCGACUGUUGGAGAAGAAGGCCAAGGACUGGAGGGAUCAGCGCAAGGAGGCUCUGGCGAAGAGAGAAAAGAUGCAGGAGAGGUAUCGUCGACGGCCGGUUCGAUCUGAACCAGGUCCACCUGCUUAUCGUUCUCGUCAGACAUCUCUGGAUCAACUGAAGCAAGAACAACCAAAGGAAAAGAUCUUGCGUGACACACCUUCCAGUUUGGCGGAAUAUGACAGUACUAUCGGCAGUAGUGGAGUGCCUAGCAGGAGCAACAGUCGUGCAGGAACCCGAUCGCGAAGCAGCAGCGUCAGUCGAAUCGAGACCGGAUCUUGCUCGUCUCUUCAACUCUCCUUUGGAAUGACCAAGGACGAUCCUAAUCAACCGCAACUAGUUCAUGCCGACUCUAUCAGGAGAAUCCUGUUGGAUCGUCACCCUCUGUUUAGUAGCGAGAAUGUCUUGACUCAAAGCCCCACCAACUCUGUCAACAACUCUCAGGAAGACUUGGGUCAGUUUCCUGACACCGCCACAGCCACCGCCAACAACAGCAAACAAGAUCACCGAUCGAACAGCGCUAGUGGUGGCGGAAGGGCUCGAGGAUACAGCGAACCUGCCCACCCUGACGAACUACUCCUCCUCCUAGACGACGAAGUCGACAAUAUCAACAACCCGCCCAUUGUCUCAGGAGCCUACUACAACGAACUGGACGAUCUCCUUAUUCAAGAUGUCGAACACUACCGCAAUCUCCCGGCCUGGCGACAGCGAGAGCUUCGGGAACAACAGGAGAGGCAAUGGGCGGUUGACGAUGACUACUGGCAGAAGGUCGAGUGCGAACAUUCGACCGAGGUUCGAGCUGCUCAGUAUGGACUGGAGCUAUGUCUGUUGGAACUUAUCAAGCCUGUGGACUAUGAGCCAUUCGAUUCUAUCCACCAAAUCGAAAUCCUCAACGAGAACCGAGAUGCGGCAUUGUUCUCGAUCGCGAAUGCCAGCAGGACGAACGUGAUGUGGCUUGAAUCACCCUCCCUCAAACUCAAGUACGAGUUCUUCAACUGGAUCGCCAUCAGCCUCAUGGACCACGGAGAACCGGAUCUUCAGGAAGAAGCGCGUCAGGACAAUAAUGAACUCGACAUCAACUCCAAAGAAGAACAACGAUGUCGUGGCAAAACACUCUCGACAACUUUAAUCCGAGCGAUCGAGAGCGAUGAAGUCCAGUCGGCUCUGCACCCUUCUCCGGUGACUGGGUUGACGUUGGCAGAGACGGUGGAUGGAAAGAUUAAGGAUGUGAAUGAGCGGAUUGUUGUUUGUGCGCGGAUCAUGGGUGCCGCUCGGUUUAAUCUGAACCGGUUAAAGUACGAGAUUGAGUUGGAACAACGAUCGAUCCGCCUAUUCCGACAAUACAAGAUCGCGAUCGCGAUUGUCACAGUCUUAAUCCUGCUAUUUUUCUGGUACCUCUAUAACUGUCGCCAUACAGCUGCUUCUGCUGCCGCGACUGCAGCACAAGAGGCUGCAAAGGCUACAAAGGCAGGACACGGGUUCACACACUGGUCACCCUUUUCUCUCUUCGCUAGCCGCGACGAGCCUCAACACCCAGACCUUCCACAUUCUCAUCCUCCUCCUCCACGUCCAAUGUCAUGA